CUCUUACAAAAGGAUGUUUAAGGCAGAAUCACAAGCUGCACUCGUCCAUGUCUCGCACAGCCAAGAUUUAACAACUCCCCCCGAAUCAUUAGAACGAGCACCAGAUAAAAACCAGUGUUCGUUCAGGAUUGCCCUCAUGCUCAAGGAUCGACUGGAUUCGUUCGUGGCUCUGGCCCACACUCGACUGAUAUUACCAUUAUGUGUAAUAUCGAUUCUGGGAAUUGCUACAGCUAUGCGCAGAGUCUGGAAGAAACGAUCUGUUGGACGAGGACCGGUCCUGGCUCCGGAGAAAGAUGCGUUAGAGGACAAGAAAGACACGGCUGAUUUGGGCACCAUCACUCCCCUAACGGACUAUGACUACCUCCAUGCGGAACCGCGACGUGUGUACAAAUUCCAACCAAAAUUCUUCAUGACAAUGGGCCUUCAGAGCACAGAUAUCAACCAUAUCCUACACAUCGACUCCGAUUAUCUUGAACGUCUUCAGGCUCGACGUAAUGUUGCAGCUAUCAGGCCUGAAGUGCUUGCCUGCCUUCCACGCGGUCUACCCGCUGUCCAUGAAUUCUACAACUACCUCGUUCAUCAAUGGCUGCCAGGCCGAUACCCCACUAUUUUCACGUUGUUUCCCGAACGGCAAACAUUGGAAAACACGGUGACAGGAGAGCAUCUCCCAUUGACACCGCCAGCAGAUGGACGGCAAACACUUGAGAUCCUCAAUCGCAAUCUCGAUGAUGAUGUGUUAUUCAUGACGCCGCGAAGCGACAAUGAAGAGGAUGGUCUGGCAUUGAAUGCGCUGAUGUGGUGCUUUCCAAACACUAGUGAUCCUCGGCAAAGACUCGGUGGCUCCUUGAGGGAAGUACAUCAGCGUGUGCCAGGAUAUAAGGAAAAGCUUGGGAUGAGUAUGGACCGUUACUUCCGGAGGUUGCAAGUCGGAAGAGUUGUUUGUCGCACAAAUUGGGCUGUUAGUAUCAAGGCCUCACAGACAGAAAGUCAGCUCACAGAUAAGGACUACCGGGGUUCAGCACCUACUGAGAUAGACCCAGCUAAGAUCUACCUUCGCUGUGAGCUACAGACUCUGUUCCGGCUUCCGGUCAGUGGUGCACGUGUAUUCAUCAUCCAUGAAUAUGUCUAUCCUCUGCAGCAAAUCAAAGACGAGGGCCUCGGCCCUGCUAUGAUUCAGUCGAUCGAUGGCCUGAAAGAAGGGAACGUGCCUGCCAUAUGGGACUAUAAAGAAGCACCAAAAUGGGCCGAAGCGGUCAAACAGUUUCUUAGUACAUAAGAAUGAAAGUUGAUAAAAUAAAUACCGAGAAACCGGAUAUAUAGAGAAGCCGGAGAAUAUUAAAAGGUAUCACUGUGACGGCUCGACCAACAGGGGAACUGUCUAGGGCUGAGGUAACAAACAAGCCCAGCGUAAACAAGGCGGCUUGAUCAGACCAGUGACAAGGGCGGAUCAGCGAAGGUUGGCAGG